AUGUUCAGUAAUAACCGCAAUUUAUUAUUUAAAGGUAUCGUUUUAGCAUUGUGCAUUAUAUCUUGUGUUCAUUUGUUUUUAUUUCCUCUAUUUGAAACAAACACCACUCCAAACGUUAUAAGGACUUACUUGGAUUUGGAACAAAGCCUUUGUUUAAACGAUAUUCGAAAAAAGAAGCCUUUAAAACCGGGAAAGUGUCCGGAAAAUGGAAUUAUUACAGUGGAACAAGGUGGUAGACUAGGCAAUCAAAUAUGGGAAUACGCGGCAGUUUGGGCUUUAGCUAGAGAAACCGGCUUGGAGCCGUACAUUCCUCGGUGUAUUAAGCUGAAGUUGGAUUCGAUGUUUGAUAAAUUAUCUGUGCCAACUUUGGAUGAAAUCGGUCACUGUCUAGUACAAAAGGAAUUUUUUAUCAUCCCGUCAGCUUCACAAUUUACUAUCGAUUCUUUUUUAGAAGCGUGGAAUUUUACUAAUCAAAGUGUUAUUUUGCCGAGAUACAUCAUGCAACCUACAUUAUUAUUAAACUGGGGCCAAGAUAUUAUUCAUGAGUUUAGUAUUAAAAAGAGUCUCGUAGAAAAAAGUCAAAAAAUAUUACAUGCAGCUGUUAAGUACGUAAAAACACCUGUUGAAACUUUCAUAGGAGUUCAUGUAAGAAGAACUGACUACAUUAGUUAUGUCAAAAGAAAAUAUAAUUCAACUACUGUCGAUAAAACUUUCUUCCAAUCAGCAAUGAAAUUAUAUGAAAAAAAAUUUUCCAAUCCAAUAUUUAUUUUCGUCAGUGAUGAUUCAAAAUGGUGUUGGGAUAAUUUUCAUUACAAGAAAAAUGCCUAUAUAACUGGAAAACAUCACAGCAGCUCCCCUGCUUUAGACAUGACCAUACUGGCUUCCUGCAACCACACAAUCUACGACUAUGGAACAUUUGGCAUGUGGGGGGCCAUCCUAGCUGGUGGAAACACGGUUCAUUACAGCAUCAGUGGAAAAGGUCCUGUCAUCCAAGAUACGGCUCUGAAAAAUUAG